AAGGGGCCCUGGACCUGCUGAAGAAGUUGAACAGCUGUCAGAUGUCCAUCCAGCUACUGCAGACCACCAGGAUUGGAGUUGCUGUUAAUGGGGUCCGAAAGCACUGCUCAGACAAGGAGGUGGUGUCCUUGGCCAAAGUCCUCAUCAAAAACUGGAAACGGCUGCUGGACUCCCCUGGACCGCCCAGAGGAGAAAAAGGAGAGGAAAGAGAAAAAGCAAAGAAGAAGGAAAAAGGACUUGACUGUUCAUAUUGGAAGUCAGAAGAAGGCCUUUCUCCACCAAGGAAAAAACGAGAGGAAGAGCCCAAAAACAGGAGAGACUCUAUGGACUCGAAGUCUUCUGCAACCUCCUCUCCAAAAAGGCCAUCGAUGGAAAGAUCAAACAGCAGCAAAUCGAAAGUGGAGACCCCCAAAACACCCAGCAGCCCCUUGACUCCCACGUUUGCCCCCUCUAUCUGCCUCCUGGCUCCCUGCUAUCUCACAGGGGACUCUGUCCGGGACAAGUGUGUGGAGAUGCUGUCAGCGGCCCUGAAGGCAGACGAUGAUUACAAGGACUAUGGUGUCAACUGUGACAAGAUGGCAUCAGAAAUCGAAGAUCAUAUCUACCAGGAGCUCAAGAGCACGGACAUGAAGUACCGGAACCGUGUGCGCAGCCGGAUCAGCAACCUCAAGGACCCCAGGAACCCUGGCCUGAGGCGGAACGUACUCAGCGGAGCCAUCUCAGCAGGGCUCAUUGCCAAGAUGACAGCAGAGGAAAUGGCCAGUGAUGAGCUGAGGGAGUUGAGGAAUGCCAUGACCCAGGAGGCCAUCCGUGAGCACCAGAUGGCCAAGACUGGUGGCACCACCACUGACCUCUUCCAGUGCAGCAAAUGCAAGAAAAAGAACUGCACCUAUAACCAGGUGCAGACACGCAGCGCUGAUGAACCCAUGACCACCUUUGUUUUAUGCAAUGAAUGUGGCAAUCGCUGGAAGUUCUGCUGAAGGAGCAGCUGGCCAGGAUUGCAGUGAACAAGGUGAGGAAGAACAGAAAGGAAGCACUAAACUGUCUAAACUGGAGAAACAAUAAAAAUUAAAAUGAAGAAAAAUA